ACUGUUGGGUCAUGCCCCUCCCUUCUGUUGCUGGGAGCUCCCGAGGAAAGGAACAUUGUCCAGAUCAGGAGGGACUCUCCUACAAGGCCUCCAUCCUCUGCCCCUCUCCCUACCUGUUGAGACCGUCAUCCAGCACUGGCCCUGACUGACACUUCUCUGGACAGAUGGAUGGAGACAUGAGGAAACAAGUUUGAUUUGGACGAAGGUUUCACAGGCUGCCCAGAGCCUCCUCCCGCAUUGUGCAGUGUCCUUUGAGAACGUAAUUGAUGGUGUUAAGGGGAACAAGCCUAUUGGAGAGUCCACACAGCUGUCAUCUGGGAAACCUGACUCAGUGCUGACUUCAUCAGUGGAGAAGGACUAGGUCUCUUUCAGGGAAGGAAGGUGGACACAGAAAGGGCUGAACCAGCAAGGGCAGAGUCAAAGCAAAUGACAGCUACUCAGAAACACAGCCUCUUCACUCCAGAACCCCACUACAUCCCUGGCUAUGCUGGUUUCUAUCCUCAACUGCGCUACCAGGUGGGGAACACCUAUGGGCGCACUACUGCGCAGCUGCUCACAGAUCCCAGCGUCCAGAAGAGCCCCUGCUCUGUUCUGUCACCUAUGUCCAAGCCCAAGUUCAUCGAGGACUUCAGCAAAUCUAAGUCACCAUGGAUUCCCUGCAGGGACCUGACAGAGCCUUACAUCCCCCACUAUACCAGUCUGAAACCCUACAAGAAUUUUGAGAUCCUGGGCCAGCUCCCACGCCAGGAGAUGGACACCCAGGGGCCGCCACAGGUAGAGAACAUAUCCAGACAGGUUUCAAUGCCUGCAGGCUUCAUGCCUUAUCCUCCCUACCCACCAUUCCCUCCAGGGAGAAAGGGAGAGGCUAAAGACCUGGGGCACCCAGGUCUACUGCUAGCAUAUGGGGAAGAGGCCUGGAAGAACGCAGCACCUCUUCAGGAGACCCCAGGGAGGUACCAGCUUUACCACUGCAGGAGGGAUGAGUACCUGCCUUCACAUCCCCCGCAGGAGACACUAGAUGUGGGCAGGUUCCAGCGACUACCCCAGCUAGACCACCCCAACCUAAUCCAACGCAAGGCCAUCUCAGGAUAUGCUGGCUUUGUCCCCCGGUUUGCCUGGGUGAUGGGGAUGAAUUACCGUGAUGGAGUCACACAAGCUAUGGAUGACUUUGACAAGAACCAGUUCAUAUUCAGACACCCAGUCUGUGCUCUGGGGGAAAGGCUGCCCAGGACCCACUGGCCAAGCACCACCAUCUACAGAAGCCAAGGCCUGAUUCCCUUCUACAUGGGCUUCAUCCCAUCCAUGCAGGACAACUACGCGCUGACAUUCGGUAACAGCACCCGAAAGGCCUAUCAGAAGGAACUGGAGAGGCGAAGCCACACACUAUGAAUUGCUUUAAUGGUGGUAUCUGUACAAGUGAUGUCAGAACAGGACAGCAAAUGCACAGUGGACAUGGCUAGCAGACAAGCUGUGAAUGAAUAAAGAGUUCACACUGCU